AAAAUCAUAACAAAAAUAAAAAUAAGAAAAGUGACAGUGAUAUUGACAGUAGUGAAAGUAAGCAGAGAAGUGAUAAAAUAUAUACAAAUAAUAAGAGCAUGAAAAUCGAUAUCAAAAAACUUGAAAUUGUGAAGAGUGGUGAAGUGCUAAAUGCAACGCAAGCGAAAAGAACAGAAAUCGAAGUACAACACUUUAUAAAAAAAAAUAAUAAUAAUAUAAAUAAUUCCGAUAAGGAUAAUAAUAACAUGGCUGUGUCAGCAACAACAACAACAACAUCAACUGAAGAGCCUAGCAAGCGGCUAGAUCAGCAAAUCAGUAGAGUCAUAAGUAGUUUCAGCGAUCUACAUCAAAAGCGGCUCACAAAUGAACCACUAACAACGGAUGCGGAGGUUGAUUCAGAAGAACUUGACGAUGAUACAUAUAGUAAUAAAGAAGUGCUCGGUGAGAAAAUUAAGCCAGAUUCAAAAAUUCUAGUCGAAAUUGAGAGUAGUUUGUUAUCACUAUUCAAUAUGAAAAGGCCGCCAACAAUAGAUCGGUCAAAAAUUGUAAUACCAGAUGCCAUGAAAGAAUUGUACGAACAAAUAAUGGGACAGGAAAUAGAUUCAAUGAGUAUUCCAAAACGCGGUCUACUUACACAAUCAGCGAAUACUGUAAGAAGUUUUACACAUCAGGAAAGUAAAAUCGACGAUCGAUUUCCACAUCAUCAUCGGUUUCGUUUAAAGUUUGAUAUUAAAAGUAUACCCGCCGAAGAGAAGCUAAAAGCUGCUGAAUUACAACUCUCGCGGGACAUGAUUAGUCAUGCGGCUCUAAAUCCACGUCAAUCCAGCCGCACGCGGUACCAAGUGUUGGUUUAUGAUAUCAUAGACGUUGGCAUACGAGACAAACGUGAUGCUAGUUUCUUGCUAUUGGACAAUAAAACAGUUCGUCUCAAUAGCACAGAUAAGGUAAAUAUGGAUGUACAACCAGCAGUUGAACGGUGGCUGGAUUCACCGAAAAGAAAUUUCGGACUGUUGGUAGAGGUGCGUACAGGUCACCAUCUAAAGCCCGCUCCACAUCAUCAUGUACGAUUACGACGCAGUACGGAGGAGCCACACGAAGAGUGGCAACGCAAACAACCAAUACUCUUUACCUACACGGACGAUGAACGGCAUAAAUCGCGUUCCAUACGCGAUGUAAGCACACGCUCAAAACGUGCUGGCUACCACAGGCGACCACAUCGUAGGAAAAAUCACGAAGAGAAUUGCCGUCGGCAUUCGCUAUAUGUUGAUUUUGCUGAUGUCGGCUGGAGCAAUUGGAUUGUAGCGCCACCCGGCUACGACGCAUUUUUUUGUCAUGGAAAAUGUCCAUUUCCACUAGCGGAACAUCACAAUUCAACAAAUCAUGCGGUUGUGCAAACUUUAGUCAAUAAUAUCAAUCCAGGAAAGGUACCAAAGCCAUGCUGUGUACCCACACAGCUUGAGGGCAUCUCAAUGCUCUAUCUCAACGAUCAGAACACAGUUGUACUCAAGAACUAUCAGGAUAUGACGGCCGUCGGCUGUGGUUGUCGAUAAGCCAAUAAACCGCUAGUAAUGUCGAAGAGUCAAAACUUUUCAUUGCCGAUAUUAACGGUCUGCAGCUAAUCAAAACAACAACAUUAAUAACAACAAUAUGCUAACAAACACAGUAGCCGUGAAAAGGUGCAUGUGUGAGAAAUGACCUAUGUGUAAAUAGUAUUUGUAGUGUGUUCGAAAGCUAGAAGCCGCACGCACCGUACGCACCGAGCGCAUGAUCACGAGGAUGAAUACGAGCACGACCCAGCAUGUAUAGCAAGAACGAGCAGAGCAUUUAAUGCCAAGGAUUUUAAGCCGUAACCUCUGCUUUAAAAGUUUGAAUAUUUUAAACAAACGCAAACAAAAUGGACUGAAUAUUUUUUGAAUUUUUAAGUAUAAAUUUUAGACUUUAUCAUUUACAGCAGAAUAGAACACAGAAAAAAUAAAUAAAGAUAAGCGUCGAAACGUUGAAGAAAAAGAUGGGCACAAUGCCUAGGCAGCUAGGCUGUCGCAUGACCCGAUAAUCGCACACCGUCACUGGAGCACUCGUCCUCAAGCAACGCAUGUAGCAAGUACCGAAACGCAGUCAUCGUCAGGCAUCGUCGCUAAAAAUGCAAUCCUGUCGUCAGCAUUUGUCGGCACAUGUCGGCAUGCGACAGUUGCAAAACAGUUAUAACAGGCACCAGUGCUGCCAACUUUGAACAAAUGUAAAUUGUAUAAAUAAUUGCGAAGCAAAUAUACAAAUUGUAAAAAUUAUUUUAUUAGAUAAAGCAAAAAUCAAAAAAAAUAUAAAUAAAAAAAUACAAAAUAUAAAUAUAUAUAAUUAAAAAUUGUUUUGUUAACUAUUAUUUUUUGUAUUUUAUUUAACAAUUUUAAAUUAGAUUUACAUUUACUUUAUUGUUUAAUUAAUUUUUAAAAUUAACCUAUGUAACAAGAAAGAGAAAAAACAUUAUAUGGAAUUGUUGCGUAUUAUCCUUUUCCAGUGUUAAAUGCAAGUGAAUUUGUAUUCGCAUAUGCAUAUAUGAUUGUGACACAUAUGAGUGCGGAUACAAAUAUUUGCGAGAACGUGUUGUUUUUGAUAUAUUUAUACAUCCCUAGUUUUAUACAAAAAUCUAAAUGUAUUUGGUAUCUUCGUUUCCUUGGAUUUUCGCGCGGCAAUUAGUUCGUUUCCGCCUAAAAUCAUGUAUUUUGUAUGUUAAUUCCUUAUAAAGUAUAUACAAUUUUAUAUAUUAUAAUAUGAAAUAUAAUAUUCUUACUAUUAAUUUUAAGUAAAUCAAAACGAAAAUGUUAUAAACACUCACCCACUUAAACAGAACACACACACACACUCAAACAUGACACACAUUUUUAUUUAUUUAUAUAUUAAAUGUCUUUCUACUACAAAAUGAGAAGUAAAAAUGAA